CAACACGCGCACUGCACGAGCAGGGAAUAUCCCGCUAUCAAUAUGUGGAGGAGUGUGAUUUAUUUUGUUUUAUAUCUGACCACCGUAUUGGAAGGGACAUCUGCUUGUCCUCACCGGUGUCUGUGUUUCCGUACGACCGUCAGGUGUAUGUUUCUGCAACUAGAGCAGAUCCCCCAAGUCCCCUCGGAUACUAUGAUCUUGUACUUGUACGACCCGCACCUAGACUGGGAGGAACAUCAAGCAACAAGACGUCUGAACUGAACGAUGAUUUAUUCGUAACUGACCACAGGUACAUAGUCAUGACGUCACUCCCGAUGCCGGGUCACGUGAGAGAUUUAAGGUUCAACAAAAUAAAGAGUAUACCGAGGGGAUCUUUCGGCAAUUUAUCAAGUUUAAAAACAUUGUUGUUGAACAACAAUGAGCUGGAAAGCCUGGAUGAUGGGGCCUUCCAGGGACUGGGUGAGCUGAGAUAUUUAUAUCUAUAUAAAAACAAGAUAGAGACCAUUCAUACUAGAGUAUUUAGAGAUCUCCCUAAACUGGAACAGCUAUUCUUACACAGCAAUAAACUAAAGAGUCUACCAAAAGGUGUAUUCUCCCACUCUAGACAUCUACGUCGGUUACGAUUGGACUCAAAUGCACUGGUGUGUGACUGUCAGUUGAUGUGGCUGUCUGACAUGCUGAAGGAGAAACAUGGCUACACACAGGCUGCUGCCACCUGCCAAUUUCCCAGCAAGCUGCAAGGGAGAUCACUCAUGAGCAUAUCUCAGGAUGACUUCCACUGUGAAUAUCAAGUGGCUAAUGAUUCAGACCAUAGAUCAGAAAUGCCAAGAUUUACAAUGGAGCCAAGAGACGUUGAUGUGACAUUUGGCAACACAGCAUACUUUACCUGCAGAGCGGAGGGCACACCUAACCCAGAAAUAAUAUGGCUACACAACAGUGAAAUGGUGGAGCCUGAUAAUCGUUUGACAAUCCUCUCUGAUGGUACGUUGAUGAUUCAAGAGACGAAGGACACCGAUAAGGGGGCCUAUGAGUGUGUGGCCAGGAAUGCUGCUGGAGAGGUGAAGACCAACAAAGUGGAACUGAGGUACUUUGGAGAGCCGGUGAUUCCCACUUUCAUGGAGACUCCAGCUGAUAUUACAGAUGUGGCAGGUGAGACAAUUCAGCUGCUUUGUCGGGCACAAGGAAACCCACGACCAGACAUCACGUGGACAAAGAAUGGGUCUCCCCUGCAGAGCAGUUCUCGGUUCCGACUGCUGUCCAACGGUGCCCUGAUGAUCCGUGAUCUGCGGGAAGAGGACGAGGGCCUCUACAGGUGCAGCGCAGCCAACAGCAUCCAGACCAUCACAGCUUCGGCCAGAGUCACCAUCCAGUCACCCCCUGAAUUCUUUGUAAUUCCUCGUGACCAGGAGGUACAGGAGGGGAACAAUGCAGACUUCAGCUGUAAUGCCAGGGGAGACCCGAGCCCAGUCUUGUCAUGGGUCAAAGACGGUCGCCCAAUACCCACCAACAGGCGCUACACACUACAGAAUGGAGGACGCUUGUUCCGCAUCCUGAACACUGAGAGCUCAGACAGCGGGCAAUACACUUGCCGGGCAGAAAAUGCAGCAGGGGAACAACAAGCCAGUGCAAGACUCCACAUCAUCUCUCACACUGCUCCUGUGUUCAGUGAGCGCACUGUGAGCAGUGUGCCCACUGCAGGGAGUGACAUCAGUAUGGAGUGUCACGCGGAGGGAAACCCGAUACCUCACUACCAGUGGCGGAAGGAGGGACGACGGAUAAGCAACAGUCAAAAGUAUGUCCUCCAAGGCAACACAUUGACAGUACGGAAUGUGCAGCAUGGGGACUCAGGCAGAUAUGACUGCAUUGCCCAGAAUCUGGCAGGGAGAUCAGUCAAGUCAGUCAAUGUGCAAGUGCAGGGAAUUCCAACUCCCACUAGGAGGGGAGACAACUUUGUUCACACAGCCUCAAACCGUGCACGGUCAAUUGUGAACAAUGCCAUCAACGACACUUUGCGUGACCUGUUUAAUGGGGACAAAACACAUACAAUUGAAGACUUGCUGAGAAUUUUCCGUUACCCAGCACCAGAGGCACUUGAACUAGCCAGAGCAGAAGAAAUCUUUGAGCAAACACUGAACAUCAUCCACCAACACGUGAAUGACGGAAACACAUAUGAGCUGGAUGACCAUGAGGAGAAUUACCGUGAGCUGGUGUCCCCGAGUCACCUCUCGCUGAUUGCCAACAUGUCCGGGUGCAGGAAUCAGUACCAGAACAUUGACUGUUCCAACACAUGCUUCCACCGCAAGUACCGCACUCUGGAUGGCACGUGUAACAACUUCAACCAGCCUGACUGGGGGGCAUCCAACAAGGCGUUCCUCAGGCUGCUGGAGCCCAUCUAUGAGAAUGGGUUUAAUACUCCAGUAGGCUGGGUGCGCUCUCGCCGCUACAAUGGUCAACAACUUCCAAGCCCGCGCCUCAUAUCCUCGUUGAUGAUGUCGACCAGUCAUGUGACUGAGGAUGAGGAUUACACGCACAUGCUGAUGCAGUGGGGGCAGUUCAUGGACCAUGACAUGAGUCUUGCGCCUCAGUCAGUGAGCUUUGCAAGGUUCAGUGAUGGUCGUCGGUGUAAUGAGAGCUGUGAAAAUAUCAGUCCAUGUUUCCCUAUCCCUGUCCCCAACAGUGAUGGCCGUGUGCACACGCGGUGCCUCGGCUUCUCCAGAAGCAGCGCAACAUGCAACACAGGAAGUACCUCCAUAUUUUACCACACCGUGUCGCCUCGCCAGCAGAUCAACUCCCUCACCACAUUCAUAGAUGCGUCAAAUGUGUAUGGUAGUACCCCGAGGGAGGCAGAGAGCUUGAGAGAUUUAUCAAAUAACAGAGGACUCUUGCGUGUGGGAUCACUGACACUGCGGGGGUCAAGGUACUUGCCAUUUGACGACGACUCUCUCUCCCAUGUUGAUUGUCAGAUAGAACCCAGUAAAAGACAUGUCCCAUGUUUCAGAGCUGGAGACCAUCGAGCCAAUGAACAUCUUGCUCUCACAGCAAUGCAUACACUAUGGUUACGAGAACACAACCGUAUUGCUACCAUUAUCUUACAGCUGAAUCCGCACUGGGAUGGCAACAAGGUGUAUCAUGAAACUAGGAAACUUAUUGGAGGUGUCAUGCAGCAUAUAACAUACACGCAGUGGAUACCUAAGAUUCUAGGCACUAGAGGAAUGGAACUGAUGGGACCAUACAAAGGAUAUGACCCAAGUGUAAAUCCAACAAUAUCAAAUGUAUUUGCAACAGCAGCAUUACGAUUUGGGCACUCUUUAGUGCAGCCUGUGAUAUUUAGACUGAAUGAAACAUUUCAACCAAUCCCUGAAGGUAACCUACCUCUCCAUAAAGCAUUUUUCUCUCCAUACAAGAUUAUGGAGGAGGGUGGAAUUGAUCCACUGUUGAGAGGCAUGUUUGGGGUAGCAGCCAAGAAGAGGAUGCCUGGAGAGCUGCUCAACACGGAACUGACAGAAAAGCUAUUUUCAUUGGCUAACUCGAUUGGUCAAGAUCUGGCAUCACUCAACAUCCAGAGAGGCAGAGAUCAUGGCCUGCCAUUUUACAAUGCAUUUAGGAACUUCUGUAACAUGAGCCCAGCUCGGACAUUUAAUGACCUGCGGCAUGAGAUUAGAGACCGUGACACGCGAGCCAAGCUGCAGGAUCUGUAUGGCCAUCCUGAUAACAUUGAUGUAUUUGUGGGAGGAAUGGCAGAAACACCACUAGAUGGUGCCAAGGUGGGACCAACUUUCCUGUGUAUUCUAGCAGAUCAGUUCAAGAGGCAGCGGGCAGGAGACAGGUUCUGGUAUGAGAAACCUGGCGUGUUCAACACAGAGCAGAUCGUUCAGAUCAGACAGAUGUCGCUAGCAAGGGUCAUCUGUGACAACACAGACAGCAUCAACAAAGUCCAAUUGGAUGUCUUUAAAAGGAAUACUGGAGAUUACAAGACCUGUGAUGAUAUACCCAGCCUGGAUCUGCGAAUGUGGACCGACUGCUGUGAAGACUGCAGAAGGACCAACAACUUCCAAUCAUUUGCCCGUCAUUUUCGUGGCCGUCGUUCCGUGGAAUACAGCUACCCAGAUCACCAGGACGCUGAGGAGAUGGGACCGCCUGCAAAUGUGACAGAACCAGUGGUAGCGGCUGAGGAAGAGCCAGGUUGUAACUCCACAGAUGCCACGCCGUCUAUUGUACAGGAUGAUGUCAUGCUGCUGGACUCCCGGCUCGAAUGGAUGGAAGCGACCAUGGCCGAGAUGGUCAAAAAUUAUAGCAAAUUGAAAAGAAAGAUGCGCAACAUGCAGAAGGUGCUGCAGGGUAGGAACUACCACUGCAAGGACCACAAGAGGAAGAAGAGAGUGCAUGGGGAGAAAUGGAAAAUAGACACGUGCAAAAUAUGUCAAUGCAAGAAGGGUCAGGUGGAGUGUGACAGGCAGGUUUGCCCACCAGUGACGACCUGCAGCAACCCUCGAAAGGAGGUGGGCAAGUGCUGUGCCACCUGUGACUGAAGCCAGCAGAGCAGGCCCUCUGUGUGGAUGUACAUACUGUGAUGAGGAACUCUUCAUACGCUGGCCAUGCCAGCUCCCAAGUGACAAACAUUAUUUACUCACUGAGUGGGCUCUGCAAUACCAGCAUUGAUCAGUCACCUAGUUAUCAUUCCCACACAUUUUUGCUCGAGGACAUAGCGGCCCCGAGAUAUACUUCAACACACACCAAGCCUAGAGUGUGUAUACACAGUGACAAUUGUAAUGUGAUGUAGCCCAGGAAGGUACACUCAGGCCAAGAUAUCCACAGUCAGCUGCUGCCCUCCAUUCCAUGUUGGAGGGAGUGAUUAUCAGGGCCAGGACUCACUUUCCAGGUUGCUGAAAGAACCUGAUGAUGUCCAACUAGAUGUUACAUAGAGAGUUGUGUACACAUUCAGAAUAAUUAGAAAUGUGAAAUCACCAUGUGAUAGGUUAGUAUUGUGCGAGUCACACGUGCGGCAUUACCCACCCAACUCAGGUAGUACCCUGCUGCCCAUGUUACUACUGACAUAUGGACUGGUGCUUCCCUCUACCCUCUCCUUCUUCCUUCAGACAGCCCAGCUCCCACUGAUGACAUGUAGCUCACCUAAUUCUCUACUCAGUUUCUUUUGCUGGAAUCAACGUCUGUGAAUAUUAAUGAAUAAUUCGAGACCUAAAAUACAAACUUUUGGUUCUGAGACCUAAUGAGCUCAGUGUAAUCCAAGGUCCAAGUGAGCUUAUGGAAUGUGUUUUCCAGAUUUUUGUGUAAGUGAUAAUAACUAUAUAUUUUAUCAUUACUGUUUUAGAUAUUUCAGAAAGUGCUUUAUCAAAUGUGUUUUUAUUAUACAUCUAUGGUUGUAACUACUAGAGCUAUUUGAUUGUUGACAAUAUCAGUGCAAAAAACUUGUUGUGAACAUAGAUAUAUCACAUGGAAUGAACAGUGAGCAACAGUGUCUUGCCGCUGUCUUUUUCUAGUGGGUGAAUUUGUGCUACUUUCAAUUAUUCGUAAGAUUUUCCAAAAGUUAGACUUGUUUUGACUGGUUCAUUGUCACCAUGCACUGUAUGGUAGUUCUGGAUCAGAACAUCAAACCCAACAUCCACAAAUCCCAUCUUGUCACUAAAGAAAUCAAAAUAUUGAAAGCUCAUUCAACACUGGUUUUCAACCAAUCAGACUGCAGCCUAUAUACUUCCAUUGUUUUCCUAUAUCUGACACAAACAAUCAAUAAAUAAUCACCUCCAUCUUUCAUCUGUCAUCUCUACUUAAGUCUAAUCCUUGCAUUUAAUCAUCUUUUUAAUUAUUAUGCAAACUAGACAUGUUAACAGUAAUAACAUGAAAAAUGGGGCUACAUUAUUUCUUGGGCAUUUUAGUUGAUGGCAAGUUUUAUUUUGCAUUCAGCAAAGAGGCACAUGUUUGGGCAUGUUAUUUGGUAAAAUAUAUGUGCAUAGCAAGUUUUGUGCUUUAGAUUCAUGAAGUAUGUUGCUGUCAAACCACUAUGAAGUCAUUUGAAACAAUCACUAAUGUAUAUCGAGAUGUGAACUGAUCCCCUUUCAGCACCAGAUUGUUUCCAUUAUCUUGUUUUCCAGAUGAGAGGAUCACCAGUAGUCUCCCCCUAGCUCUGUGUAGUGACUGUAGUGCCAGUAGUCUCCCCCUAGCUCUGUGUAGUGACUGUAGUGCCAGUAGUCUCCCCCUAGCUCUGUGUAGUGAGUGUAGUCCCAUCUUCUUGAGACAAGAGUGUCCACUUGCCCAUAUUAAGGAACUUGUAUUUCAUUGCAAGGGUGGUUGGGUCAGAGGGAAUCAGGGGAGGGUCACUAAAAUAUGAGUCUCUGGGAGAGGGGCAUAAGAAAUAAUUUAGAGAGGUCAUGAAAAUAAGGACAUGUUAUAUUAAUAUAGAAGGUCCUUUUGCAUUUUGUCUUUUCAGGGAGGGUCAUGAAAAGAACUGUACAAGGACAUGGGGAAGGACAUCCAAAUAUAUGACAAGCAUUAGGAAGGGUCAUUAUUUCAGUUCAUUAGUGUAUCAAGAACCUCUGACAUCCCCUUUUGUAAUAAAUGACCUGUCCCCAACAUCUAGUUUUCACCUGUGCUAUUUCAAACUACUUUUCUGUGCUCAAGAACACAUAUUGAUAAUCCAAUCUGAGAACAUUUUACAAAAUCAACACCUGAGUUCCGUGUGUCAAAUUUGUGCUGACCUUCCAAGUUUUCAGUCAACCCUUACAAGUACUUAAAGCCUUUUAAUUUUGACUGGAAACUUCACUGCAUAUUAACACACAAACAACUGAAUGCUAAUCGCAGUAACUGCGAUGCAGUCCUAUUUUUGGACAAUCCAUACUGAGCGUUUCUUGUUACCACAUUGUGCAGUGGUACUUUUUAAUACCACGAGCCUCUAUUAUUGCAAGAACAAAAUGUGGCAAUAAUAAGUAUCUUUACUGUGGCAAUCUGUCAUUUUGUUUGUCCGUCAGGGAUGAAAUCUUUAAUUUUUUCAUUAUCUGAUCGACCAGGUUGUCUGCUGUGGUAGUCUCAUUGUGAAGCCAUUCAAAAUAAGAACAGCGAUCUGUUUGGUUAUCACAUUUUCAUCACAAGCAGCAUAACUCCUGCUCUACACAGGGCGGCACUGCGAUCGAGCCAAGAGUUGGCUAUUAUGGCAGUGGUGAAAACUAUAUACUUUGAUGUUGGCGAGUGGACACUCUUGCCUUGGAUAAAUGGUCUCCCCCAAGUUCUGUGUAGUGCCAGGCUUGUUAUGUACAGAAGUGUAUAGUUGCUAUGUAAAAUGCCAAAGGGAGUUCAUGAUCAGGAUGUCCAACAGAGAUCAAUGAGCCCUGUAUUUCUUUAAAUGUGCUGAUUUUAUUUGGGAUCUGAAUAUGCCAAUUGUUUUAAAUCAUUUAAACUUAUGCAUAAUUAAUUCAUUUGUACUUUUUGAGUUGUUUACUUUUUCUCUAUUUUGAGUUGUAUAUUGUGUUUAUUACCAACAAAUUAUGCUUUGUGUCAUGUUGACAGUAAUGUUGCAUGAUAGGGUAGUAGAAAGUUAUUACCUCAAUAAUGCACAAUGCCCCCUCCCUCCUCCUCCCUACUUCAAGGAAACUUGGGUAGCAUGUUAUGGGAGGCAGUGUAAUCCUGCACCAUGGCUGAUUUUAACAAUGGACAUGGUAUGGUCCAGCUAUUUUUAUAGUGACAGGUUAACUAAUUAGAGUGUUGAUGGCACCGGGGAAUGCUAGGCCACUUCCUCAUCCAGUCAUUAGUAUAUCAUCUGUCUAUCUAUCAUCAUGCUAUGGGACACAGAUGUUCAGCUAUAUCACUGAUGCUGACUGUAACUCAGCAAACAUGUGGCUGAUGUGCAACCAUACCAGUCCAACAAAGAGAGACAACUCUCAAAUACAUACAUAGAUUGUUACAAGGACUGCAAGUUGAACAUCUUUGAACAUGUUACGACCAAACUGUCCAAAAUACGAAGAUAUCAAUCAUAUCAACUUAAGUUUUAUUUAUAUGGAUAUGAUAUGCUGAACUAGGUUAAAAUGUAGUUGAGCAUACUUGGACAGAUGUUGAACACUUACGGGUCACUUUGACACACACUUAACAUGAGCACCACCAGUAAAUGAUCUGAGGAGUAGAUUCAAGUGAACCCAUGAAACAAUCAUUAUGUCACAUAAUAAUGUUCUGAACAUACCUAAAAUACUGGGUCAACAAGCAUUGUGAGCAAAACUCUUAGUUCAGGUCUGCUAAUCUCAUUAAAUUUGUCUACACAGUAUGUUUUGCACUGUCACUACUUACUGCUGUUCAGGUACAUGUAUGUAAUAAGGUAACUGACACUUGGCUUUCUGCAAACUGCAGUUUGAAAACAAAACUGAAAAUGCUUUCUGUUGGCCAAUAAUAAAGAUAGACUUGGAAAAAUGCCUUGGCAUAGCAAUUUGACAUAGCAUAUCUAUACAAAAUUGCAGAUGGCAGAAUGCUGUGGUCAUGAGAUCCCUCACUCAACUAAUGUGUUGUGAGAAAUUGUUUUCCUGUACAAAUAUCAGCAAUAAUUGUGAUAUAGGACCAUCAACAUUCCUCAUAGUUUGUCAAGAGCUGAAAUUCUUCAAAACGCGUAUCACUGUAAGACAAAAAACUGUCAAGGAUAGUGAAUGAUUGCACAGAUGGUCAGUGAUCCUAUGCACUCAAUGGGUCAGCAUGUUGGGGAGGCUGCAGUUUGGCCCACAAUAGUUGCCACACAAGACAUGCAUUGUUUUUACGCAUUUCAAAGUUGCUGUCUUGAUUUUUCUUUCAAAUGAGGUUUAGGUCCUAUAAAAGAGUGUACUUUAUCAUAUGAAUCUAUGGAUGUAUUUGUUGUGAGGCAAAUGUAGGCACCUUUGACAGCCCCUCCUGUAUUGGUGACCACCCUGUGUACAUCUGUAUGUCGUCCUCCUGGAUGUAAUCUCAUGAUACAAGCUUGUAUAUCUUGGUGCUACUUACCUGCUUUUACUCAUGGUAAUACAUAUCAGCUUUUUGACGUGUGUUUGUGGUAAUGACUUGUGCCCAUCUAACUCUUUAGCAUGACUUUGAAAUCACAUUUAUUUCACAAAUACAACUACAGCAAUAUGUUGACUCUUAUGUUUGAAAGUUUUAGUUUAGUGUAUGUCAGUGAUAUUCUUGUACAAGUGAUCAUUCUAAUAUCAAUCCUCUGUGCUGUUCCUUUUGAAGGCAAAUAGAGAAAACAGUUUAUUCCAAUGCAUUUCAGGAAAUAAAACAAUGUUCACAAACCCAUGAAGCUGCUUUUAUAUUUUCCAAUCAAGUGGAAUAUGUAAAAGCCAGAACAUCGUUGUAAAAUCUGUCUGAUACCGACUCUUCACAGUAAAGAUUUUGUACUUAAGAUUUGGAUCCAAAUAUUGGUGCUCCCAACUGAAGAUUAUCUUAGAGGCACAUGAAACACAUCUCCCAUACAAAACCAACCUUUUAUGUGUUCACUUUGUUGACACUUUGAUGAGUGGAAAUGGCCAUGCAGCAAAAGCAACUACCACUGGGGAAAAGAUGAAGACUACAAACACAACCUAUGCAGAAAAACUAAGCUGAGGGGGAUGCUUCAGCCUAGGCCUGAUCCUUCCCCUCUCUGUAUGUCAGGUAGGCUGUAAGUACAUAAUUCUUCAAGGACCUGGAUGUGAAAAGGAGCAAAUCAGUGAAAAAAAUAUUUUUUCCAGUAGCCUUAAAUUUAGAAGGAAAGAUCUAUUAUGAGGAGUGAAUGAGUUUGUUUAAAAUAAAAAUUUCAAAGAACGGUUUAGCCUCAGUCAGAUCUUUCCCUAAAUAGUGGACAUUACCAAGGCUAAAUCUUCCCAUUAAUAAAAUCAUAUAUACCUGGGGACCCUCUACAGACCGAACCUAGCGCCCUUCAUAUUGAGAUGACAAAUUAUGUAGUUUUUAUAUAACGGACAUUGUGAUAUAACAACAGCCUGAGUUUUAAGUAAUUAAAAACAAUAUAACAUGAGUAUUUCUCAGUAACCACCUCACUUAACAUUUCAGACCUAUUGUAAGUGUCAAAUCAUAUUUCAAUGCAAUUGACAUGUGUUUGAAGGAAACACUUUUCAUGACAACAAUUACAUCUUCCAUAUAUCCAUUUUGACAAAUAGCACCUGAAAUUCAGUCAGAUAAAAGGAGGAGAUGAAUUGUUAAAACUUGAUUUGCAUUUGAUUAGUUAAGAAUCUCAUUAUUUCAUUAGCUUAACAGAUUAAUUAGCAUUACUACUCCCUCAUCAUGCUACAAUUAUAUAUAUAUUUAGUAAGAUCCUCCUCUGUUUGAAUAGCUUCAGAUUUUCAUUUUCAUGUCACAUAAACCAUUAUUGAAUAGUGCAGAGAAAUGAAUACACAAAACACCUUAAAGGCUCAAUCAUGAGUAUCAUUGGCGGUAUAGAAGCUUAACAGUCAAUCAUCGGUUGACAUCAACAUCCUCCUAUUCCAUAAAUAUAAAAAUAGAAACCUGUAAAUAUUUAAAGAUGAAUAUUAAGUAUAACAAAAUAUGAGCAGGGCUUGACUUAACUGUAUAAAACAUGCACCAGUGUAACCUAUUAUUGAAUAAUAUAACCUGAUAUCUUAAUCUACAUGCACCAGUGCAAUCUUUUAUUGAAAAAUAAAAACCUGAUAUCUUAGUCUACAUGCACCAGUGCAACCUAUUAUUGAAAAAUAAAACCUGAUAUCUUAAUCUACAUGCACCAGUGUAACCUAUUAUUGAAUAAUAUAACCUGAUAUCUUAAUCUACAUGCACCAGUGCAACCUUUUAUUGAAAAACAAAACCUGAUAUUUUAGUCUACAUGCACAAGUGCAACCUAUUAUUGAAAAAUAAAACCUGAUAUCUUAAUCUACAUGCACCAGUGUAACCUAUUAUUGAAUAAUAAAACCUGAUAUCUGAAUCUACAUGCACCAGUGCAACCUAUUAUUGAAUAAUAAAACCUGAUAUCUUAGUCUACAUGCACCAGUGCAACCUUUUAUUGCAUAAUUAAACCUGAUAUCUUAAUCUACUUGCACCAGAGCAACCUUUUAUUG